UGAGAAAUUUUCCCAGAAAUUCAUGGCAAUGGCUAAUAGCAGAAAGGAAGUGUUCGAAUUUUAUCGAUCGGUUAUUCGAAUAACGAAAAAUUGGAAAGCAAAAAACGUAGCCGAUACUGAAAUUGAAAUCAAUUUCAUUAAAAAUACAGCCCGACAAAUGGCAAAAGAAUUCAAACAAAUUCAAAGCUCCGAACAAAAAACAAAACGAUUAAUGGAAAUGAAUAAAUGGCUACAAAUAUCCGAACAUUAUGGAAUACCAUAUGAAAAACCUUAUCAUCUGCCGAGUGGAUCAAUGAGAAAAUUUUGAAAUAUUUCAUUUUUGUUUUGUUUAUUGUUUUGUAACAUGUUGCAUAGCAACGUGAUUCUUUUCGGUUGCUAUACAGAAUAGUGA